GCUCCCCAUUUACAAACCCCCCAGCAUUUCGCACCCACUCCACUAGAAUCCAAAUUCGCAGCAGAGAGAAGAGAGAGAGAGAGAGAGAGAGAGAGAGAGAAGAGAGAGAGGGACCAGGACCAUGACUUCCGCCGUCGCUCGCAGGGGUGCCGCGCUGCCCAGCCUCCUCAAGAAGCUGCUCGCCAAGCCGUCCGCGUCGGGUGCGCCCGUGUCCUUCGCGCUCCGUCCCGCCGCCGUCACCGCCGCUCGCCGCCCGUACAACACCCUGGGCAAGGAGGGCCGCCUCUACGACGACGACGGCUCCUCCUCCUCCUCCAGCGGCGAGAGCGGCAGCGAGUACGAGGACACCGACUCCGACGACCGCCGCCGCGCCCGCGACUUCUUCGUCCCCAGCUUCUCUCAGGACGUGCUGGACCAGUUCGGCGCGCACACGAGCCUGGGCCGCCUGCUUUCUGCGCUGGAGGACGCCGCCGCUCCGACCGGCCUCUGCUCCACUGCCGGGGCGUCGCGGCUCGGACGCUGGGUGGCGAAGGUGGACGACGACGCGGUGUACCUCAAGGUGCCGAUGCCGGGGCUGGGGAAGGAGCACGUGAAGGUGUGGGCCGAGCCGAACGGCCUGGUGAUCAAGGGCGAGGGCGACAAGGAGCCCUGGGACGGCGACGACGACUCUGCGGUGCCGAGGUACAGCCGCCGCAUCAAGGUGCCCGCCGACGCGUUCAAGAUGGACAAGAUCAAGGCCGAGAUGAAGAACGGCGUGCUCAGGGUGACCCUGCCCAGGCUGAAGGAGGAGGAGCGCAAGGACGUGUUCCAGGUGAAGAUCGAGUAAGGAGGCGAGUCGAGUAGUCGUACUAGUAGUACUCAUGGAAGAUGGAUCGAGUCGAGUAGUGGUAGUGCUCAUGGAGGAUGGCCGGCGCGAGAGUGUGAGAGACGCCCUGUUGAUGUGGUCAUGUUUGGUGUCUUUCUGCCCUGUUUUGCUUCGUCGAUCGUCUUGGAUCGUGGUUUCUGAUCGACUGGUGGUGAGAUUUGUCGCGAACUCCGUUAAUUUCCCAAGUAUAGCAUGAGAUGAACUUACUUCGGUGGUGAAAUUGGUCAUGAAAGUCUGUUGAUUUCCUCAAGUUUGGCAUAUGGUGAACUGAUCUGGUGGUCCUGAA